UCAAAAAUACAACUACAAAAUAACCAAAAUCUAAAGUCUGAAAUUAUGAAUAAACUGGAUUAUCCACGUCGCAAUGGACAACACAAAAUUCGAAUAACGCUAUUGUGUGCAAGGAAUUUGGCGCGCAAGGAUUUGUUUCGGUUACCGGAUCCCUUUGCGAGGGUUCAGGUGGAUGGCACCGGUCAAACCUAUAAUACGGAGAUAAGCAAAUCCUCGCUGGAUCCCAAAUGGAAUGCUCACUACGAUUUAUUUCUGGGUCGAGGCGAUUCGAUAACAAUCACGGUUUUCAAUCAGCGCAAGAUACACAAAGGCGGCGGCUUUCUUGGCUGUGUGCGCAUUCCCGCCGUGACCAUACAGAGCCUCAAGGGCACGGGCUUUCAACGCUUGGAUCUGGGCAAACACUCGCCGGACGACGAUGAGUUGGUGCGUGGUCAGAUCAUCAUUUCGCUGGUGCCCAAAGAUGGUCCCUGCAGCGGCAAUCCGCUGGCAAUUGUGGGACCCAGCGGCGAUGUGCGCGGUCCAUCCGAGGAGGAGCCGCCGGUGCCCGACUGUCUGCCCGAGGGCUGGGAGGAGCGACGCACGGGAAACGGGCGCAUCUACUACGUAAACCAUGCAACCAAAUCGACGCAAUGGGAUCGACCAAGAGCCACCGCGGCAACGAAAUCACCGCAACAGCGCCAACACAAUGGCAACAAUGUGGAUAGGCAGACUCCAGCUGGCCCAACACGUUCCACGACCUGCACGAAUCUGCUAAACGGCCACGGAGUCAAUCGCCAGAUGUCGCGCGAGUCGCCCGACGAGCGACGCCAUUCAACGGAAAUACUUUCGAGCGUCGGCGGCAAGGAGAACACCAGUCCCACCUCGGGGACAGCGGGAGUGACGACGACGACGACGACAUCAACACCGAUAUCGACAUCCACUCCAGGUAAAAAGUCCACAUCCAGUCGGUCGGGCAAUGCCGCUUUAGAGCCGGCCACGCCCAACAACAGCAGCACAACAACAGGAGCAACAACGACGGCGACUGGUCGCCUGCACAACAGCAACAACGACAAUCAUCAUGUGAAAACGCCAAAGCAUCAAACGCCGAUCAAUGGACACGCGUCCAUUGAGACGCCCACAUCGCCCACGGGACAACAGCAGCAGAACUAUGUGAAUGGGAAUGGAAAUGGGUUAGUGCAGCCUGCCAACAAUGGCUGGGUACCAGCAGAGGAUGGCGCCACAACAACAACAGCGACGACGACGCCGGCAACAACGCCGCCCCGGCACAGUCCCACAUCAGCGACAAACGUGACAACGCCGACGCCCACAACGCCAGCCACACCCACAACGAACAGCAGCAGCAGCAGCAUCAUGGUCAAUGGCAAUGGCAACGUGCACAGUCCGAAUGCCAACAGUCAGCAGCCAGCAGUGGGCAGAUCAACGACGACGACAACGACAACAACGACGCCGGCGCAGCGAUCCCAACGUCGCAGUUCGCGUCAGGCUGUCGAUGAGGCAGCGGCGCGCAGGCGCUCCUCACGCGGCACACGAUCUGCAGCGGCAGCUGGUGCUCCUCCUGGUGGCGUGCGUUACGGAUGCGCUGCGCUAGCAGCGGCGAAUCAGGCGGCACGGCCAUUUUUGGAUCUGCCGCCGGGCUAUGAGAUGCGAACGACGCAGCAGGGUCAGGUGUAUUUCUAUCACAUACUGACGGGUGUGUCGACAUGGCAUGAUCCGCGCAUACCACGCGACCUGGACACGCAGCAUCUGACGCUGGACGAGAUUGGAUCGCUGCCCAGCGGCUGGGAGCAGCGUAAAACGGCCUCGGGCCGUGUUUACUUUGUCGAUCAUAAUAAUCGCACCACGCAGUUCACCGAUCCGCGUCUCAGUGGCAGCAUACUCCAGAGGAUAUGCAAUGGAAGCGGGCCACCAGCGACACCACCAAAUACAGCAACAGCAGCAUCCGCAGCACCAGCAGCAGCUGUCCCAGUAUCAACAGCAGCAGUGGCGCCAACGCUAACUGCGGCAACGCCAGCGGCCACAACCAAUUCCUCCGGAAGUACAACGACAACGCCGCAUCGCCGGACAACGCCGCACAUUGUGGUGCCGGAUCUGCCGCAGGGUCUGCUCGAGGGCGCCGAUCUGUUGCCCAAGUAUCGGCGUGAUUUGGUGGGCAAGAUGAAGGCACUGCGCUCAGAACUGCAGACGCUGCAGCCACAGUCGGGCCACUGUCGACUGGAGGUGUCGCGCAGCGAAAUCUUCGAGGAGAGCUACAGACUGAUUAUGAAGAUGCGCGCCAAGGACAUGCGCAAGCGGCUCAUGGUCAAGUUCAAGGGAGAGGAGGGCUUGGAUUACGGUGGUGUUGCCCGCGAAUGGCUCCAUCUGCUCUCCCGCGAGAUGCUCAAUCCACAGUACGGCCUAUUCCAGUACAGUCGCGACGAUCACUAUACGCUCCAAAUCAAUCCCGAUUCAAGCGUCAAUCCCGAUCAUUUGUCCUACUUUCAUUUCGUUGGCCGCACACUGGGCAUUGCCGUUUUCCAUGGCCAUUGCCUCGAUGGUGGAUUCACCACGCCGUUCUACAAACAACUGCUGAACAAACCCAUCACACUGGGCGACAUUGAAGGCGUCGAUCCGGAGCUGCAUCGCAGCCUCACCUGGAUGCUUGAAAGCAACAUCAGCGGCUUCUUUGAGUCCACGUUCAGUGUGGAGAACAAUAGCUUUGGCGCACUGGUGGUGCAUGAGCUGAAGCCCGGUGGUGCAUCCAUUGCGGUCACCGAGGAGAAUAAACGCGAGUAUGUUAAGCUCUAUGUCAAUUAUCGUUUCAUGCGUGGCAUCGAGCAGCAGUUUCUGGCACUGCAAAAGGGCUUCUGUGAACUGAUACCCAGUCAUUUGUUGCGGCCAUUUGAUGAGCGCGAACUGGAACUGGUCAUUGGUGGCAUUUCUAGCAUCGAUGUGAACGACUGGCGCAACAAUACGCGAAUGAAGCACUGCACCAAUGAAACGCCCCAGGUCCUUUGGUUCUGGCAGGUGGUUGAAUCGUACAGCUUCGAGAUGCGAGCACGAUUGCUGCAAUUUGUGACGGGCUCGUCGCGGGUGCCGCUGCAAGGAUUCCGUGCACUGCAGGGCUCAACGGGGGCGGUGGGGCCGCGCCUAUUUACCAUACACCUGACCGUAGAUGUGCCCACCCAGAAUCUGCCCAAGGCGCACACCUGCUUCAAUCGCAUUGACUUGCCGCCCUAUGAGAACUAUCAGCUGCUCUGCGACAAACUGACGCAAGCCGUCGAGGAGACCUGUGGUUUCGCUGUGGAAUAGUGGAAUACACCAAACGCAACAGACGCACACAACAACAAAUAAACACACACACAUCCCUGCAUUCUUACACAUAAACACACACACACUCAUCAUAUGCAUUAUAUCACAUAGAAGUACACAUAUAUGAAAGCGAUUUGAAAUCAAAAUUAAGUUGGCCUGAGCCCGUUAAAAUAAAAAAAAAACAAUUUGCAUUGGAAUUUGUCUGUUGAAAAAUGCCCCGCAAUGCUGUUUAGUGUUUUGCUGCGCCUUUUGCAGUUAAAAAAAUUAAAAAUUUAAACAAAUAAUUGUAAUGAUUAAACCUUAUACAUAUAUACAGACUUAUUGCAUACAUAUUUAUGUGUUGCUUGAUGGCAACAGCUCUUAUACAUAGUUACCAAGUGCAUAUACACUCAAGCAUACAUUUACACGUAUAUCUACUUAUACUUGUACUUUGCUGUCGACCCCUUGGCCUUUGUUUGUUUACGUCGUGUUAUGAAUUGUAGUUUUAAAUAUUAUUAUUACAACCCAUAUAAAUACAUAUGCAUACAUGAAUACAUAUACAUUAUAAAUUUAUAUAUCAUAGUUAUGUAAUUAGGCGUAACAACAACAACAACAACAACAACAAAUCAACCAACAACAACCACAAUAACAAAUUUUACAAUUGUAGGCAUUGGACCGGCAAUUUAGUGCUUUUUGUUUAGUUUUUAAUGCAUUUUUAUGUUUACUAAUUAUAUUUUGUACAUUUAUAAAGUAAUCGAACUCAAUGAUAAGUUUUUAAUUAUUGUUAAAAUUGUCCUUAAACUCUCACACUCUUCCACACACACACGCACACACAACUUUUACAAACACGCUCAUGCAUAUUCUUAGGGCAUGUAAGAAAAUUGAUUCUUCACACACAAAGUCCACCCAUUCGCCCCUCCCAACAAACAAAAAAACAAAAACAAAAAACAUAAAAAGAACCAACAACAUAAACA